AUGGACACUCUUGAGAUCCACUCCAAGGAUUUCUUGAUAAAAUGGAUCAGUGCUCCUGAAAACUCAGUCAUUGACUGGCAGGUCAAACCGUUGAAGAAGUCCAUCAAUUUUGCCCUUUACCAGAAAAGGGACGAUGCCGACUCGCAACCUUCCUCCACGAGUGAUUUCGCUGAUAGCGCCGGCCUUUCCGACCUGACACCCACGAACGCGAGAUUAAGAGCCAACUCCACCGCCACCGUGAACCAGUUCACCAAGUCCAACGAUGUCUACAAGUCGAAAUCUCGAACAUCGACGUUGUCGACCAUUGGCGAGUCAAACUUGGACUUGAUCAAAAACUACCACAAGUUGGUGGCUAACGAAUUGGUCCAUGGCAAGUACGAAGCUCCCAAUGGCGGUAUGUUUGCAUUUGUCUUUGACAAUUCUUUUUCCAAGACGAUUGCCAAAUCCGUCGAGUUUUCAGCCGAGAUUCUUUUGGACAAGCCAGCUCCGCAGCAGCACGAGCAAUAUGUGUUUGACGGCACCCAAAAUGGCCACGAAGCAGCUCAACCGGGCAAAGUGUUGCAAAGUGUCAUGUUGAAAAAACGGAGAAAGAAGAUGCAGGGUUUUACGAAGCGUUACUUUGUGUUGAACUUUAAGAGAGGCACUUUGUCGUAUUUCCAAGUCAAUGACAACAAGUUGAGGGGCCAGAUGCCAAUUAAAGAUGCCAUCAUUUCGGCCAAUCAGCAUAGUCGUGAAUUUAUCAUCGACUCGGGAAUGGAAGUUUGGCAUUUGAAAACUGUUAAUGUUGCUGAUUUCAACGCAUGGGUGAAUGCCUUUAAUGCCGUCAAAAAGGAAGACGUUUCACCACAGGGUGAACCAACCUCGGGUUUAGGUGCUGGUGCUGGUGCUGCCACUGGAGCUGGUGCUGCUGCUGGCGGAGUUAGUGCUGCUGCCUUGGCAGUGAUUGCCCAGAAAUUGAGUAAAUUACAAGCAGAGAACCCAUCACCUUUAGUCGAUGAUAUAAACAGGGACAUGGAAACACUUUUGGCUAAAAGCAGAGGAGAAGCUCCAGCUUCCAAAUCGGCCGAUUCGCAAUCGAUCCACUCGAGUGAAUUCCACGAUGCAGAGGACCACUUUGACGAGGAUGGAGUUGUCUUUUUGGACGAUGGUGCCCUGCCAUCACAAGCAGAUGAAGUUGAAGAUCAAGUUGACGAAAACUCAUCUGACGACGAAGAGGAAGAUGACAAUAACUUUUAUGGCAAGGACGGCGCCUCUGCUGGUGCAGCAUUGGGAGCAGGAGUAGGAGUAGGAGCAAGUGCAGGUGCAGGUGCAGAUGCAGAUGCAGGUGCUGCCGCCCUUCAGGGUCAACCUCCCCAGGAUGGUGCUUCUACACCAGCAUCCACCGAAGACGACUUGUACCCAUUGCCCCACGCUGACGUUAAAAGAAACCCCGAUGUUCCAAUUUGCACGCAUACUCCUCCUUCAUUACUAAGCUUUGUUCGUAAAAACGUUGGUAAAGACUUGUCAACCAUUGCCAUGCCCGUGACGUAUAACGAACCAACCACUGUGUUGCAGAAGUUUGCCGAGAUGCUCGAGUACCCCGACAUUGCCACCAAUGCAUUGGGCUCCGACUUUCAAGACGAGUCAGGCGAAAAACUUUUGAGAAUUGCUGCUUUUGCAUUGAGUUCACUCUCGUCAUCGCGUGCCAAGGAGAGAAAUAAACGUAAACCAUUUACUCCAUUAUUGGGAGAAACAUAUGAGUUGGUGCGUGAAGAUCUCGGGUUCAGAUUAGUCUCGGAAAAAGUUAGUCAUAGACCACCGGUUUUCGCCUACCAUGUUGACACUGAAACUUGGACAAUGGAUUUUGCCGUUUCCCCAUCGCAAAAGUUUUGGGGUAAGCAAUCUGAAAUCACCACCAAAGGUGUGGUUGUCUUGAAGGACAAGGCCACAGGAGAAGAGUUUUCAUGGACUCAGGCUACGCAGAUGUUGAAGAAUAUCAUUGCUGGUGAGACUUAUGCCGAGCCAACUGGUAACGUCACCAUCAAGUCUUCCAAUGGGUACAAAGCCGUUGCCGAGUUUUCCAAAGGCGGUAUGUGGAGUGGUAGAUCCGAAGGCGUUGAGAUUAAAGUGUUUGACAACAAGAAGAAAGAAUUGCCAUAUACAGUGAGCGGUAACUGGACCGAGAAAUUCACCCUUAAAACCAGCUCGACUGAAAAGACCAUUUGGCAAGCUGGCGAAUUGUUGCCCAAUUAUCAAAAGAAGUACGGUUUCACUACAUUUGCGGGUACUUUGAAUAAAAUCACCGAGAUGGAACAAGGGCAAAUUCCUCCAACUGACUCUAGAAACAGACCAGAUUUGCAAGCUUAUGAAAAGGGAGAUGUGGACACUGCCGAAAACUUGAAAAACAAAUUGGAACAAGAUCAAAGAGUCAGAAGAAAGCAGACGGAAGAUGCUGGUCAACAGCACACUCCUGCAUUCUUCAAAUUUGCUGGCAAUGGGCCCGUCGAUGAGGGCAAGUGGGAGUUUAUCCAAGGUCCCGCAAGUUAUUGGAAUAGAAGAAAGAACCAAGACUGGAGUGGAUUGACUCCAUUAUGGUAA